GAACCCUAAAAACAGAGGACUAGGGUUCUUGGAUUUGAAAUGGCGGCGGCGUCGGUGGUAGAGGAUUGGCCCCCGAAGCGAGACGCGACGGCGCAGCUCGUCGCCACGAAUCUCACGUCGCUGGCAUUCUUUUGGAAGGCGCCGAUCGACGGCGAUGCGAAGGAGCUGGGAUCCAGGAUCGAAGAGUCCGCAUUCCAGGUAGCAAGCUCCGGCGAUGGCGGGGAUCCCGUGGCGGCGGUGAAGAUCUAUGCUCGAGAGGUGAGCCGGAUGAUGCUGGAAGCGCUGGGAUUCGCGAUGGAAGCUCCAGGUACUGUAAAAGAUGAACAGUGCUUCGAUAUUUCGGCCGGGCAGAGAGCUUUCCUCACCAAGGAGCUCGCGGAGGAGCUCUUGUUGCCGCUGGAGACGUCGCGCUACUCCAAGAUUUGCUUCAGCAACAAGAGCUUCGGCAGGGACGCUGCUGUGGUCGUGGCGAGGUUUCUGUCGAAGGUGAAAUCCUCGCUACAGGACGUGGAUUUCUCGGACAUUGUUGCUGGGCGGCCAGAGGACGAGGCGCUGGAGGUGAUGCGUACACUCGCGCUGGCAUUGGAAGGGAGCAAGCUCCGCUCGCUAAACCUCUCGGACAAUGCUCUCGGGGAGAAGGGUGUGAGGGCCUUUGCGCCGCUGCUAAAGUCCCAGGAAUCCCUCGAGGAGCUCUCCUUCAUGAACAAUGGGAUCUCCAAGGAGGCUGCUCGUGCUAUAUGCGAGAUCGUCACCACUGGGAGCUCUCUCAAGCUCUUGCACUUCCACAACAACAUGACCGGCGAUCAAGGAGCCAGAUCUCUCGCGAAGCUCGUCGAGAAGGCUGUCCAGCUCGAAAACUUCCGCUUCUCGUCGACUAGAGUCGGGGAGGAAGGCGCGGUGGCACUGGCUUCGGCCAUCGCUGGUGGAUCCAAGCUCAAAGUUCUCGACUUGAGAGACAACAUGUAUGGUCCUGGAGGUGGUGUUGCGCUUGGGAAGGCUUUGCGGCAACAUGGCGGCUUGACGCACGUCUACUUGAGCGAUCUAAGCCUGGAGGACGCUGGAAGUACGCCAAUUCUCGAGGCGCUGGCAAGCGGGACGCGGAGUAUCAAGGUGCUCGAGUUCGGAAACAACGAGAUCACGCAUUCGUCCGCCAAGGCGCUGGCGGCUUUCAUUGCAGCGAACAAGGAGCUGGCCAAGUUGAAUCUAUCCGAGAACGAGCUGGGUGACAAGGGUGCUGUGAUGGUCUCGGCGGCGGUGAAAGCGAGCUGCUCAAAGCUGGAGGAGCUUGAUCUGAGCUCCAACUCACUGAGCCGGGUUGGCGCGCUGGCUGCGGCGGAGGCAGUGGCUGGGAAACCAGGAUUCAAGCUUCUCGGCAUGGAUGGCAACCGCAUCUCCAGCUUUGGAUUGGACGAAGUCCGGAGCGUGCUCAAGAGCGGAGUGGGGAUCUCAGGUCUCGGGCCGCUGGAAGACAACGACGACGAAGCAGGCAGCGAUGAGGAAGAUGGCGACGAGGAUGGCGAGGAUGGCCUGGAGGAAGAGCUCAAGGGAUUGUCACUGAAGUGAGUUAUUAGCCAGCAGCGUGCUCGGGCGAUCCAGACCAUAUCUUUUGGGUUUCAAUCCUUUGAGCAGGCCUCCCAGGACAUUAUUCUACGAUAAUCACACAGGGAAGAUUCUGGAUCACGAAGGCACUGUACUUUAGGUUGUUUAGCUGUGAAGAACUGGAGAGCAAGGGCUGGAAAACAUUCAAGCGUAUGAAACUUAGCUCCAGACGGUCAAGAGAACGGUUUGGACGUAA